AUGUAUUUAUAUAAUCUAUUUCCGGAGCCAACAAGGGGCUGGCUGAAGAUUCACAUUGAAUACACGAGACAGGGUCAAGCGGGUGUGAAUCAGUUGGGUGGUGUGUUCGUGAAUGGCCGCCCUCUCCCAGACGUGGUGAGGAAGAGGAUCGUGGAGCUGGCCAUACUGGGAGUAAGACCGUGUGAUAUAAGUAGACAACUACUUGUAUCACACGGCUGCGUCUCUAAAAUAUUGACGAGGUUCUACGAAACUGGGUCUAUACGGCCAGGGUCUAUCGGCGGGAGUAAAACUAAGCAAGUGGCUACUCCCACGGUCGUAAAGAAGAUACUACGUCUAAAACAAGAGAAUCCCGGUAUGUUCGCGUGGGAGAUACGUGAACGACUGCUUAGUGCUAGGGUGUGCGAGCCACACUCAAUACCAUCAGUGUCAUCUGUUAACAGAAUACUGAGGAACAGCGGACUGGUGUGGAACGAGGAGGAUGGGAGGCACGAAUCAUUCCCGCCGUCGGAGUUACAAAACAAUAUGUCGGACUAUAUGUCAAUGAAGACUCCAUUACCACCCAUUCAGCCGACGUCACCGUAUUUCGCGCACAACCCCGUCAGAAUUCAAGCUCCAACAGAAACUACUUACGAUCGCAGGCUCGCGACAUCUUGGUUACUAGCGAAUCAAGUACAAGCGCAGACAUUACUGAAACCGUAUCCGAUUUCACCGUGGCAAAGAGUAAUGAUGCCGUAUCCGGAUACAAAGAACUUCACGCCGUACGCGCUCAAUCUACACAGCGAGUUACUCAACAGAAUCAAUCCGGACGAAGUAAAAUCGGAGACAUCCGAACACAUUUCCGUCGAAACCAGCGACGAUAGCACCGAUAAAGCUGACGAACAGGAAGUUAAGAAAGAAAAAAAGAAGAAUCCGUACUCCAUAGAAGAAUUACUGAAGAAACCGGAUAAAAUAGUUACAUCAAGUCCCGUAGCGUUUCAGAACUUUCUGCGUCAACCGAGCGGCAGUAUGAUAGAUUAUAAUCAAGAGAAAACCAGCGAUAGAAGUUCUCCAGCAAGCUACUGUUCUAUACAUAGCGGAACGUCCAAUGAUUUCGAUUCAAACAGUUCAGAACUAAAAAACAACUAA